UUAAAGGAUGACCCAUGCAACGCCUGGAGCCCGUUACUAGGUUAUGUAGUAGCACAGUUUGUUGGAUACAGUAUCAUGGAUACCAUGCUGCUUUUGUCGUACUAUGACCUUAGAGGCAGGCCGUGGGAUAUUUUGUUGCACCAUGCGGUUGUGGGCAGCCUAGCGAUCAUUCCAUUCAUCUAUCGGCGCUUUGGAAUGGUUGUCAGCUUAUACAUCAUCAACGAACUAUCAACGCCGUUCCUCAAUCUGAUGCAUAUGAUGAAGAGCGCCGAGGUGCCCAAGAAUGCGCCUGUUGUUGUGAUCAACCAAGUCGUGUUUGCGGUCGUUUUCUUCCUCUGCCGAUGCAUACCAAAUCCAUUUGUGGUGCUCUCCUUGGUGUAUCACAAGGCCUACUACACACAGGCUCCGGGACUUGUAUUGGUGGGUGGAUUUCUAACCAUUUCAUUCGCUGGGUUGCAACUUUAUUGGUUCGCGUAUAUCGUCAAAAUGGGCCAAAAAGCCGUGAAAAUGUUAGAUGAUCCUGACACGAGAAAGAAGGACUGA